UGAAUAGUUUUUUGGACAUUCUAAUAGACCUGAUACAUUUCUAAGAGAUAUCUUGUCACCAAGUUUGAAUUACUUGGAGAAUUCCAACUAUGUUCAUUCUUGUUUCUGCUCCCUUUAUUUGGUUAUUGAAAGUUGCACGGUGACUCUUUUAAUUGUUCCUUGAUGUUUGUUAUGAUACAAGUCCAUUUAAUAAAAUGGGAUUCAGACAAGCCUGGAAAAUUCUCUUGAUCUCUAUUAUUUCUUGUUAUAUCAUUCAAACAUAUUACUGUAAUGCAUCAGACACCAUUCAGAAAUCCUGGAAACUUUUAGUAGGGGAAACAUUAACAUCUGCUGGUCAAGUUUUUGAAUUUGGAUUCUUUAUUCCAGCCAAUUCCGAUAAAAGGUACCUGGGGAUAUGGUUUAAAAAUAUCCCUCCUAUUAAAGUUGUGUGGGUUGCAAACAGAGAAAGUCCACUUAAAGUUUCUGAUUCCACUGUGAGUCUAUCAAUUAGCGAAUAUGGAAACUUGGUGCUUCUUAAUGGUACACAGAAUGUUAUCUGGUCAAGCAAUGUGUCUGUCCCUACUAAUAACACAGUUGCAGUUGUUCUCCUGGACAGUGGGAAUUUGGUGCUUAAAGAUAAUGUCUCGGGACAAUCCUUCUGGGAGAGUUUCGAUUAUCCUUGUGAUACUUUCUUGCCAGGAAUGAAAAUAGGUUUUAACAGUAUAACCAGGGAGAAAUGGCUCUUGUCUUCUUGGCAGAGGGAAAAUGACCCCUCACUAGGAAAUUUUUCUAUAGGAAUCUCGGAGCAACUUUCUCCUCAGUUUUUUAUAUGGAACAAAGUUACUCCUUACUACAGAACCGGGGAGUGGAAUGGACUGAAGUUCAUUGGUUUGCCUUAUAUAGAUUCAGCAGCCUAUAUAAUUCAAUUUGUUUUUCAGCAAGACUAUCAAGAGGGAACCACAUAUUUCACCUUUCUUCCAAAUACUUCAUUCCUAACUUUCGUGGAACUUCAGUCUACGGGGUCUGUUCAAGUUGUUCAGUGGACCAGUGGAGCUCCAGCUUGGGAAAUUUAUGCUACAAUGGUACAUGCACCAUGUGAUAUAUAUAACACAUGUGGACCUUCAGCAGUCUGCAGCAAGCAUAACUUCCCAACUUGCAGCUGCUUAAGAGGGUUCGUGCCACACUCUAGUGAUGAAUGGAGCAAAGGAAACUGGACAGGUGGUUGUGUGAGACAAACUGAAUUACUAUGUCAGCAAAAGGGAAAUAGCUUGUCUCCAGGGGUUGGACUGCAGGACGGAUUUUUUAAGCUUAGUGGACUGAAACUGCCUGAUCUUGCUGCUAUUUUUCGCCUUGACAGUGCAAGUGAAUGUGAAAAAUUGUGCUUAAACAAUUGUUCUUGCACUGCUUAUGCUUAUGUGGCAGGAAUUAGGUGUAUGGUGUGGUCUGGUGAUCUUUUAGAUAUGCAGGAUUACUCAUACUCCGGGGAAGAUCUUUUCCUUCGACUUGCCUACUCAGAGUUAGUUUUUUCAGGUAAGAGGAAGCGUAAAAGAGAACUAAUCAUAUGUUCUGCAGUAUUUUCUUGUCUCUUUUUGGGGUUUGCUCUAUUUUGUUUGCUCAAGCACAAGAUUUAUACAACAGGACAGAAGAGAAAAGUAGCCAGAAGCUUUAGUCUGGGUGAUUCAUGCUACAUUUCAAAAGACUACACAGUGGAAAGUUUAUGGGUUGGUAAUUUAAAGAAAGAAGAUCCAAUUGAACUUCCGCUGAUUGAAUUUGAGGUAAUUGUCACAGCAACAAACAACUUCAAAGUAGAAAACAAACUCGGGGAAGGAGGAUUUGGUCCGGUUUUCAAGGGAAAGCUAAAAGAUGGUCCAGAAAUAGCAGUGAAAAGACUUUCUAAUCGAACGGGGCAAGGCAUAGAGGAGUUCAAGAAUGAAAUCGUAUUGAUAUCAAAACUCCAGCACAGGAAUCUUGUACGACUCCUGGGAUGCUGCAUUGAAGGGGAAGAACUUCUUAUAAUAUAUGAAUACAUGCCAAAUAGAAGCUUGGAUAAAUCUCUCUUUGAUGCUUCGCAAAAAGAACUGCUAGAUUGGCCUAAACGGUUCAACAUCAUUCAAGGUGUUGCUAGAGGACUAUUAUAUUUACACCGAGAUUCCUGUUUGAACAUUAUCCACCGGGAUUUGAAGGUAAGCAAUAUCCUUUUGGAUGAGGAGAUGAAUCCAAAAAUUUCAGACUUUGGUUUAGCAAGGACAUUUCAAAAGCAGCAGCAACUAGUGCAUACUCACCGAGUAGCUGGAACAUAUGGAUACAUGUCUCCUGAAUAUGCUUUGAGGGGAGUAUUCUCCGAGAAAUCUGAUGUCUUCAGCUUCGGAGUCUUGUUAUUAGAAAUCAUAAGUGGCAAGAAGAAUUCAAGUUUCCAUUAUGUUGAAGAAAAUCUUAACCUCCUCAAUUAUGCAUGGAAAUUAUGGAGUGAACAGAGAGGAUUAGACUUUAUGGAUGGGACAUUGAUCAACUCAUUUUCUCCAGAAGAGAUAACGCGAUGCCUACACGUUGGCCUUCUCUGUGUUCAAGAGCAUCCUAGGGACCGUCCUACUAUGGCUGACAUAAUUCUCAUACUAAACAGUGAAAUGAAAUGCUCAAGUCCUAAACAACCCACAUUUAAGUUUGAAACAUACUUGGAUCUUGGAGGAUCAGCAAAAGAUAACGAAAGAUGUUCUGUUAAUGAGUUAAGUGCAUCGUUGUCUCAAGGACGAUGCUUUUUCUCUCCCAGCGGUGCAAAUUCAGACAAAUGGUAUAUCGGUAUUUGGUACAAAGAGAUUCAAGACAGGACUAUUGUCUGGGUUGCAAACAGAGCUAAACCCCUUUCAGCUUCAUCAACAUCAGUCCUAAAAAUCACAGAAAUUGGUAAUCUUCUUCUCGUCGAUGGACAAACUGGGAAUUCCGUCUGGUCUUCCGAGCAAACUCCGGCGACCAACGUAGUAGCCCAACUCCUUGACUCCGGGAACUUUGUCAUUCGACCGGAAAACGAUGACAGAGAACAGAGCUACCUGUGGCAGAGCUUUGAUUAUCCAACAAACACUUUAUUACCUGGGAUGAAACUUGGGUGGGAUUCAAAAUCGGGGAUGAACAGAAACAUAACAUCAUGGAAAUCAGCAAUCGAUCCAGCUCCCGGAGAUUACACCUUCAAGAUCAACACCAGUGGGUUCCCGGAAGUUUACUUAACAAAUAAACAACAAAUUAUCUACAGGAGCGGCGCUUGGAAUGGAAUUAGAUUCAGUGGGGUACCGGAAAUGAAGGCAAGUGAGAUUAUCUCAUUCGAAUUUCAGUUCAAAUCAGAUGAAAUUACUUACAUGUUCAAAUUACACAACAAAACUUUGUACUCAAGAUUGUCUGUGAAUCAUACUGGUUAUCUUGAAAGAUUCACUUGGAUCCCAACAAGCAACAUGUGGAAUCGAUUUUGGUAUGCUCCAAAAGAUCAAUGUGACGGAUACACAGAGUGUGGGGUAUCUGGAAUUUGUGACACAAAUAUUUCACCAAUCUGCAAAUGUAUGGUGGGAUUCAAGCCUAAAAAUCAAGUGGCCUGGGAAUUGCGAGAUGGGUCUAAUGGUUGUGUUCGUUUUCAUAAAUUGGAUUGCAAAACUGAUAGAUUUAACAUAUUGAGGAACAUGAAGUUGCCAGAUACGACGAAUUCGUUUGUGGAUACAAAUAUGAAUUUGGAUGAAUGUGAAGCUAUGUGUAUGAAGAAUUGUUCUUGCACGGCCUAUACAAAUUCGAAUAUUAGCGGAAGUGGGUCGGGUUGUGUGAUUUGGAGCACCGAACUUAUUGACAUGCGGCAGUAUGCGGCGGCGGAAGGUGGCCAAGUUCUCUACGUUAGGGUGGCUUCUUCUGAUGCAGCUACGGCAACAGAAAAUUUUUCUGAUGCGACUAAGUUGGGCCAAGGUGGAUUUGGUUGUGUUUACAAGGCAAUGCUGGUUGGUCAAGAAGUAGCAGUCAAAAGGCUCUCGAAGAAUUCCGGACAAGGAGUAGAGGAAUUUAAAAAUGAGCUAAGAUUAAUUGCCAGGCUUCAACACAGAAAUCUAGUCCGGCUUCUUGGGUGUUGUGUUGAUAUGGAAGAGAAGAUGCUGAUCUAUGAAUACCUGGAGAAUAAAAGUUUAGAUUCAAUUUUGUUCAAUAAACAGAAUAGCUCGCUGCUCAACUGGCAAAAGCGGUUCAAUAUUAUUUGUGGUAUUGCUCGGGGGCUUCUAUACCUUCACCAAGAUUCAAGAUUUAGGAUUAUCCACAGAGACCUUAAAGCAAGCAAUAUUCUGCUUGAUAAGGAUUUGACCCCCAAAAUAUCAGAUUUUGGCAUGGCAAGAAUAUUUGGCGGAGAUGAGACUGAAGGAAAUACAAAAAGAGUAGUUGGAACCUAUGGUUACAUGUCUCCCGAAUAUGCAAUGGAUGGCCUCUUCUCUGUUAAGUCCGAUGUUUUCAGCUUUGGGGUUUUGGUGUUAGAAAUAGUAACCGGGAAGAAGAACAGGGGAUUCUAUUAUCAAAAUAACCAACUCAACCUUCUUGGACAUGCGUGGAGACUAUGGAAAGAAGGGAGCGGCUCAGAGCUACUAGAUCCAUCUUUUGGAGAAUCGUUUUCUCCAUCUGAAGUAAUGAGAUGUAUACAAGUUGGACUGUUGUGUGUCCAGGAACAAGCAGAAGACAGACCAAACAUGGCCACUGUGGUUUUGAUGCUAGGUAGCGAAAGCGCGUCACUACCUCAGCCUAAAAACCCAGGAUUUUGCCUUGGAAGAAGACCCGUUGAUUCUGAUUCAUAUUCGACAAAUUAUGAAGAAACUUGCACUGUCAAUCAAGUUACAGUUACCGUGAUAGAUCCCCGGUAGUUGAUGGUAUCGCCCUCAAGAAGUGUAUAUUACUACAAGAGGUUCACAAUUUUCUCUUGUAUAAUUUCUCAGUUUUUGCUUUUUGGGUAAGUUUUGUGUAAGAUAAAGAGUAUAAUUAGGUCUUUUUUUCUCAUUACAUACAAUUGUGAGUUCAAAAAUCUGUCUUUUUUCAUCAUCAAUGUCCA